CGAACUUUAAACGUGGUGUCAACCCUGCAAGCCUACAAAAUAGCGCGAAGUAUUUGUCUGUACGGCGGAAAACAAGAGUAAAUUUUGGAUAACUAUGAGCGGCCGUAAGCACAGAGGCUCUGAAAAUAUGGAAAACCUGUGUCCUCUAACUAGAAAACGAUCGACGAGUAAGAACGCCGCCUCUGCCGUUGGAGGCCUUGUGUCCGCCACGAAAUCGUCUCACUACGAGCACCCGUCCUCGCCCUCGGCCCUAACGUUUGAAGCCCUGGAGGAAAUGGGCAUCGGAAUGCUGGACUCCGAGGAGAGCAGCUCCUCAGCCCUUUCGGCAAUUGCGCUGGCAGUCAGUGCGAGUGCCACAAGCGAUGACAACUCAAACGAGACAACUCCGUACGCCAGUGUAGCACGCAUGGCCCACCAGCAAGCGCAGUGCCUAAGCCUGGGCUCCUCUGCGGACACAACGCAGGAUAGUUCAGCUGUCGAAGAUGCACUUUCCCGCCAGUCGGCCGAAAAGUUGCAGACCCUGGCGCAAGCCAAGCGCUCAGCAUUGGGCUCCGAGGGCGGCAGCAAUUCGAACUCGCCCAGCAAACGCUUGCGCAACCCCCUGGCUGCAGUCACCUGCAACAACCAGAGUGAGGCGGCUGCUGCUCUUAAUUUUCAGCCCUCCACGAGUAGGCUGGCCCAAGUCCGUCAGGCAAAGAAGCCCUCAGCGUCACAAACCACAGCUCGAGCGCUUCCCACGGAUAACUUUUUUGUGUACCGCACACCUGUUAUGAGUGCGCACAUUAGCAGCGGAAUAAACUACUUCGACCGGCUGUCUGACGAAAUAGUGUUGGGCAUUUUUAAGUGGCUUCCAAAGAAGACGCUCCUGCGAAUGUCCACAGUUUGUCGUCGUUUUAACCGCUGCUCCCGAGAUGAGACCUUGUGGACAAGGCUGGAUCUGGGUCUACGCACUAUUAGGCCAGGCGCGCUCGAGCAAAUUGUGCGGCGGGGUGUCCUGGUAAUACGUCUAGCCCAGACAAGUAUACAGGAACCGGCUUUUACGCCAUCCUCAGCAGGCUUUCGGGCGCGAUUGCAAUAUCUCGACUUAAGCAUGGCCUCUAUUAGCCGAACCUCACUGCGCACUCUUUUAUCCCACUGCCGCCAGCUGAAAAAAAUAAGCCUGGAGAACACUGAGCUUGAUGAUAGCAUCUGCACGGAGAUCUCCAAAAAUAGAUCUUUAGAAGCCGUCAAUCUGACCAUGGCGAGCGGUCUAACAACAGAUAGUGUACGUCUGAUGAUGGAGUCUCUUACAAAUCUGAGCAGUCUAAACAUAUCCUGGACUGACCUAAGUGCAGAUGCUGUUACAGCGUUGGUUACCCACAUCUCCCCCAAUGUUAUCCGGUUAAAUAUUGCUGGCUGCCGCCGCGUACUGUUUGACUCUCACGUUGCCUCGCUACAGAAAAGAUGCCCACAGUUGUUGGAACUUGAUUUAUCGGACUGCAAUAGUCUUACCCCAGCAGCUAUUACAUCAAUUAUGAAGUUUAAGAUGCUGGAAUAUUUGUCGGUUUCUCGUUGUUAUCUUAUUCCUGCUACCAGAUUUAUCGAACUGAAGGGUAUGCCCUCUCUAACCUAUUUGGAUAUAUUUGGAAUGUUGUCGGACGCCGCCAUGGAGGUCCUCGAAAAGCAAAUGCCGAAAAUGGGCAUCAACAAGUUCAUCCACAGUUCGGUUUCCCGACCGACGGUGGGCACACGUCGUACCUCAAUUUGGGGGCUGCGUACACGCGACUAAAUCUGGGAUCUGCUGCUUUUAAUACCAUUCGAAUCUUUUUUGAUGCGUGAGCCAUACUCAACGCAGUUUUUAUUCUGAAUUCAACAACAUAAAUAAUCACAUUUUGCUGUCCCAA